UGACUGACAGUCAGACAAGUGGUGGCAGUGCAAGUAGCAGCAAUAACAGCAGCAGCAGCAAGCAAGCAAAAUGGCGACAGCAAUACCAACCAGCUAUAAUGAAAAGGAUAAUACGUGGUGUGGCAUCAAAAGGAAUUCUAUAUUUAACUAUGACGCUAAUGUGGGCAAAGUCAUCUUCAAUACCAUGAAGAAUUGGCCCAAGAAUGUGUGCCAGAUCAACGAUGUGGAUGGCGUGCAAGUGACCAAUGGUCAGGGCAUUACCUGGGCUAUACGCAUAGCGCAGUAUCUUAAGAAACGUGGACUCAAUCACAAGGAUGUUAUUGGUAUAACUGGAAGAAAUACGACAUAUAUGAUGCCGCUGGGCAUUGCCUGUCUGAUGAAUGCCACGCCCUUUCACUCUGUUAGUCCCAUGCUAGAUCAGGAUACCAUUAAAUACGUGUAUGAGAUCACAAAGCCAAGUCUGAUCUUCUGCGAUGGCGUUGAUUAUAAGAAGGUGCAUGAUGCCACUCAAGCCUGGCAUCCGGAAAUCUUUACAAUCAACGAUCAUUUGGAAGGUGUGCCUAAAAUUGAAACACUGCUGGAAGUCACCAGCACGGAAAUGUCUUAUCAACCGGAAGUGCUCAAGAAUGGCGGCGAUCAAACGGUGGCUAUCUUGUGCUCCUCAGGCACCACAGGCUUGCCCAAGGCAGUCUGCAUAUCCAAUAGCAUACUCAUUCAGGAUAGCAUGCUUGUGAAUAGCGAAUCCGUGGUUUAUGUAUCCAGCGGUCUGGAUUGGAUUACUGGCCUUUGGGCUUUUGUCUUUAGCACAGUCUUUGGCUGCACGCGCAUUAUAACCAACAAGCCAUUUGCGCCCGAAUAUUUUUCCAAGCUUGUGAAGAAGUACAAGAUCAACUACGCUGUGGUGCCGCCCAGACACUUGUCCGCUUUGAUUACCUGCCCAGAGGCCACUGUGGAGGCUUUGGCGUCCCUACGCAUGUUGAAUUAUGGCGGUGGCUUGGUAUCUAUGGCCACGCUGCAGGGCGCACAGGCGAUUUGCAAGAAUGCUAUGUUCAAUUCCGGCUACGGCAUGACCGAGGUGGGUGCCAUUACCAUCAAUCUCGGCAUUAGCAAUACUGCUUCCGCAGGCAGAUUACUGCCCGGUGUGAAAAUUCGCAUUGUGGAUGAUGAUAGCAAGAGCCUGGGCUACAAUCAAGUGGGUGAAAUCUAUGUGCACACUGGCCAGGCUUGGAAUGGCUACUACGGCAAUCCUGUAGAGACGCGUCGCAUGCAGGACUAUGAGGGCUGGUUCCACACCGGCGACUUGGGCUACUUUGAUGAGCAGAACUUCCUGUACAUUGUGGAUCGCAAGAAGGAGAUUCUCAAGUAUCAGGGUCUGCACUAUUGGCCCACUGAGAUCGAGAAUGUCAUAACCGAGCUGCCUGCUGUGCAGGAUGUUUGCGUUGUGGGCAUCUACGAUGAGCGUACAGGCGAUGCUGCUGGUGCCUUGGUGGUAAAGCGUACGGGCUGCGACAUCACUGCCAAAGAGGUUGAGCAGCAUGUGGCCAAGCGCUUGACGGGAUUACAAAAGCAACUGCAUGCUGGCGUGCGCUUUGCCGAUAAGCUGCCUGCGAAUGUUAAUGGCAAGACCAUGAGGAAGGCCGCGCGUGAGGCUUUUGUCGCUCUUAAUGGCAAUUAGAGCGUAACUAGCUAGCAAAUUGUUAUCUACUUAGUUUAAAAUUGAAUUUAUAUAUUGUUAUUAAAAUGAAGCCACUGUGUUUUAUACUAAAUUUAUGGCAACGGAAACUUUUAACUACUGCUGUCUAUGCUGAUAGCACUCUCAGUUGAGUCAGCAGUUUUCUAUUUGGCUUUCAGUAUCAAUGAAUCCAUUAAAAUAACACUUGUCAAGUACUUCAGAUAAGCAUUUGAAUUAAGACACUUGAAGUUACUAAAAUCAGUUCUGUGAGCGUCAUAUGCCUCUUAAAUUAUGUUUUUGGCUAGUGCCCAAAACUGAUUGAUAUUAC